UCUCCUGGCCGUUUUGCCUUCUUUCAACACUCUCUUUUGAAUCAUUUGAUUUCAUCGCCAUAAUAUCGACGAUAAGUAAUUGACGGGACGGGAAACACAGAGAAAGAGACAGAGAGAGAGGGAUCUCGGAUACAGGGCAUUUGAGGACGUCCAAGGGCAGCCCGGCAGCGAGUACGAGUGACAUCUGGACUUUUUCACUCGAACCAUCCCAGCAAGUCUGCACAGAAGUGCUUCGGCCACCUUCACCUAUCUGCCUACCUACUCGUCUGCUUUAGUAGGUAGACAAGACAACAGUCACGAUGGAGGACGAGCGGCCAUUUACAGUUGAGAUUCCAAUUCGACCUCGGGAGCCGCGUCAUCGCGACUCGACCAUUGCCACGCAGGCCAAGAUCGAAGAGGUCAUUCACUCGCCCUUUGAACACCACUUCCGCUUAUCGCAACCGCAACAUCAACAGACAAAAUGUCCCGAGGGCCUGAAAAUCAUCUCGAGCACAUUCGCCAAGACGUUUCGCGAUCGGUCGCCGACUUCUUCGACCAUGAGCUCGACCCAUGUCCCGGACUCUGCGACAACCUGCUCUAUGCCCAUGUCUCCCACCUCUUCGACUUUCACGAGGGCCACCACGCCUGACAUCGACGGGCCGGAGCGCUUGCCUACCCCCUUUCUAGCAUCCAAGUCCGGCACGAACGGUCAUAGGUACCGGGAGUCUUGCGAUUCUGGCUCGACCUUUGUGAACUCCAUCCACGAAGAGAGGUUUCCGGCAUAUCCGGAGUCCAUCUGCAUUGGGCACCCGCACAAGGACGAGGACCCAAUGCCGCUCAUGGAUGUCGUCGAGCCGGAGGAUGAUGGGCAGAAUGACAUGCAGCACACAGCGGGGACGCCCAGGCCGCCGACGCCGGAAGAAGACUUCGAGUCACACCGUGAGCCGGCUGUUCCCCGCCAGCCACUAAACGAACGGUUGAGCUUUGACUCGGGCUCCGAUCGUCUUUCGCGGGCCUGGGAACCCGCGACGCCAACGCCGAUUGACUUCUCCAACGAGGAGGCUGACGCCGUUCUUGAUUAUGUCCUCCAGGUGACGUACGGCGUCGAGCUCGACGAAGUCAACAUGCCGCCGUCAUUCCUUCGCCAUUUUGUCUUUAGGUUCAUACAGGACAUCGGCAGGUUCGCCUUCACCGGGUUUCCUGUCACGACGACGCAGUUGACACACACGACAUCAACCUCGUCCAAUGGCUCGGUGCCUGUGGCUCGAAGAUCGGGAUCUGGUCGGGGCUCUCAGAACGGGAAACGGAAAAAGGGCGACGCAAGCCGCCUAGAAGGGGAUGAUGACGGCGACGACUUGACCGACGACGACGGCGACUCCAGCGUGCCCUUCAAACGAGCGAGGCCAACCCCCAGGGAAGUAGAAGAGAACCUGCGCCUCAGCUGUCCCUUUCGGAAGAGGAACCCGCAUCGGUUCAACGUCAGAGAGCACCACUCCUGCGCCAUGACCUACUUCCCAAAGUUCGCCGAGUUGAGGCAACACAUUGUCAAGCAGCACAAGCGCAACGACCCGUCGUCUUUCAUGUGUGACCGCUGCAACCGGGACUUCCCUAGCAAGAAGGACCUCAGAGACCACCAACGUCUACCCAAAGAGCAGAUGUGCGACGUCUCCGAUCAUGACCCCGAGUCAGGGAUCGAUGGGCCCACGAUGACGAAGCUGCUGAGCAGAAAGCGAGCAAGCGGCAUGACCCCUGAAGUGCAGUGGAAGGAGAUCUGGAACCUGUUGUUCCCUGACGAUGAUGACUACAAGGUCCAGCAUUUCGACUUCUGUCCCGUCAUCGAGCACUUUGAGCUGCAAGCCCAAUUCAUGAACAGCCUCAAAGACGUCGAAGACAGCCUCCGGAACAAGGGCAUGACCCAACAGGCACUGGAAACCAUUGGCAAUAUCUAUCGUAACCAGUUCAUCCAGGUCAUCGAGCAGUGCAUCACCAACGCCCAAACGAUGCCCUACUCCAACAGGAGUAACCGGAAGAACGAACCAUCUCCCUCCCGCUUCUUGGCUCCACGUCACCUGACCCGCACUGUCCCCCGUCCGGACUCGGGCGUGGAUGUCGACGAGGGCUCCGAGGACAGCCAGUCUGUCACCGUCUUUCCCGGGGGCGUCUUUGAUGGACAGGGAUUACUGGGCCACUCGGACAGCGUGAAAACCGUCAGACGGGUAUCUUCUACCUCGUCGGAGUCCAGGAGCUCGGUACCGCCAAGGCCGCUACAGCCUCUUAUGGAGCAACAGCCUGCCUCUGGAUUUGGUCUCGCAGGCUCUCCUUCUCCGCAGCAGAGGCUGUCGCCCUUGCUUCACCAGCAGCAGCAGCAGCAGCAUCAGCAGCAGAUACCACAACAGCCCACGGUAUUCGAUCAGCAGGCUGAUUUUAUGCCGAUGGUGAGUGGCGUGACGCCAGACAUGGCAACACAACUCUGGGCCUACAGCGAAGGCAAUGCCGAGACAGGAACAUCGCCGGGCGGGAUAGGCAUGUAUGCGCCAACAUUGGCUUCCAACGGGCAGAACCAGUUCCUAGAGUGGAACUCGGGACUGCAGAACUCUAAUGGGAUUUACGACUUUUCAGGAUACAUGCCUCGUUGAGUCUAACAGAUGAAGGGAUGGUUUGUAUUAAUAAUGCAUGAAUCAGGGGUUCGUCUCUUAAUAGCUCAUAUGCGUGUGUCAUGGCUUGACCUGGAUAAUGGAGGAUACCGUAAUGGCAGUCACACUGUUCGCUGAUUGUUUCAGCACCCAUGAGGCGGCCGCACCCAUUGAUUUGUGAACAAAGUCAACACGGCUUUCGCCCUGGCAGGGAAAUCGGGACUUACUGACUUACUGACUGAGGGACGCAUGGUCGCACCACAGCAGCCAGCAGAUAUUUGCACCAGGGCCAGGCGAAAUAGGAGAGGUUUCGGUUGUGGAAGACGCAAUGAAGCAAGUGGGAAAUCGCAUUGGAUGGGGAUGAUUAAGUAGACUCAAUACAUC